UACGAGGGGGAGAAGGAGGGCGGCAUGCGGCACGGGAAGGGAAAGUGCCGGUACGCCAACGGGAACCAGUACAUCGGCGAGUGGGUCAACAACAAGCGUAACAACCGAGGAACAAUGUACUUUGCCUCCAGCGCCGUGUACGACGGGGAGUGGCUGGAAGGAGAGAGAAGCGGGCACGGAGUGAUGAAGUACUCGGACGGGUCGACGUACGAGGGCCAGUGGUUGCGAGACUUGAAGCACGGGUACGGUUGCUAUCGGUUUGCGAGCAAGGCCAGCUACACCGGGCAGUGGUUUGAGGGGAGGAUGCACGGGCAGGGAACGUACGAGUUCGCGGACGGCCAGAAGUUCCAUGGAGAGUUCAACAGGAACCUCAAGAGCGGGUACGGGACGCACGUGUACCGCAAUGGGGAUCAGUGGGGAGGGAUAUGGAUCGACGACGAGCCAAGCGGGUCCGGGUUGUACAUCUUCGCG